GACCUAUCGGCGCCAAAUCAUGGAUCAGCACCACCAACAACAACUUUACCGGCAACACCAGCAAUUGUCAUCCACAGCCUCGAUAGCGACAGAACCGGCGAGCCAAUCCACAACGACGACCACGACGACGCUGCCAUCCCACCGCGAGCCAAAGUUCCACCUGAUCAGGAGCGCGACCCUCAAUCCUCUCCAAGGCAUCAACACCCCAGCCUUGCGGCCCGAGGACCUCAGAGUCAAGCCCUGGUACGAGAACGCGUCGUCGCUCGCUUCGAGAGACAGCCCGCCGCCCACGGUGCCACCGUGUCCCGUCAACAACCAGUCGUGCGACCUGGACAUCGGCUCGGUCCGAGGAACGGAGGCCGCGUCCACGCGCACGAGCAGCAUGGAGAGCGAGGCGCCCCGAGACGGCGCCCCCGUGGUCCCGCGCAAGGCCUGCAUGGACCUAAACGACGCGAUCGCCCUGCUCGACGAGACCUGCCCCAACCCCAACGUCAGUCCCCAACUGACCCCACGGACGCCCCUCACGCCCCACCCGAGGAACAAACGCGCCCGCUCCAAGAGCAGCGACAACUCCUCCAACUAUAGCACCGAGAGGCUCAACGAGAGGCCCCCCCAGGCGGAUAAGGAGCGCAAGAGGCCCUUCCUCAAGAAAAUCGGCAUAUCCAUGACCCUGGACAAGUUCGUCUUCGACAGCAGCCCGAGGCAGCGCAAGGGGGCGGCUAUGAUACCCGAGGAGCCGCCAGCCGGGCUGGACAACAAGACGGCCCAGGAGCAGCGCAGGGCCGAGAUACGGAGCUUCUCGACGGGGGAGCGGCGCCGCUCGGGCCGCAACUUCCUCCUGAAGAUGUACUCGUUCGAGACGGAGGAUUUGGAGGACGGGCCCCCAAGCAAGGGACGCCGGGAUCCCUUGAGGGGCGCAUCGCUGGACGACGUGCUCGAGUCGGGAACGAUGGCGGAGAGCGGGGAUACGACGACGUCGAGCGCGGCCGAGCUCGUGAGGUGCCGCGUGACCACCAGCGAGGAGAUCAUCGCGUACUCGGCGAGCGACUCCUCCCCCCACCUUGACUGGGGCAACGGGUGCCCGACUACCAAGGGAAAGGAGCCGCCGAGCGUCCCCAACUCACCGACCAAGAGGACGCACUCGGUGACCCCGGAAAAGGUGACUGCCGUGUACAAGGAGCUCGAAGUAGGGCGGCGGGGCACCGGUGGCCGGCAAUCCUCCGACGAGAUCCUCGACAAGCGCAAGAGCCGAUUCGAGCGCUUCGAGACCCACUCGACCGACAGUCUGGCCUCGGGCAGGGUCGCCACCCCCGUGUUCGCCGAGAUCGGGGGCAAGGUGAACGGUAAGCUCGGCUCGAGCUCGUCCGUCGUCUCGUCCGUGGCCUCGAGCACGCGGCACCUGCAGCAGGGGCGCGACAAGUUCGACGGCAGCCAGGAGGUGUUCAAGGAGUCGUACGCCGAGUUCAAGCUGCGCACCCGGGGCUGCUCCUCGAACGCCCUGAAGCGGCUCGUGGGGGGACGCGAGAGGAACGGCUCGCCCUCGUUCGACCUCGGCUUGUCGUGCAAGGAGGCCAGGGUGGAGGGCUCGCCCAAGGCUCGGUCAAAGUCCGCGGAGACCAAGCCCGCCGGUGCAACGCUCGAUUCGGAGGACAGUGGUGGUGGUGGUGGUGGUCGGCGCUUGAGGAAUCGCUCGGUGCUGAGGAAGCAGCAGGGCAUCGAGCACUCGAACUACCAGCCGGACGAGCCGGUGGCGCGGAGGCUACCGCACGAGCCGUCCCAGGAGACCCUGGACCUGCUCACGGAGCUCCAGAGGGUCAAGAGCCAGCUGAGGACGCCGAGCGAGACGUACUCGGAGGUGGACGCCACGGCGGGAUCGAACUUUCCCAGGCGGGUUCUACUGACCGACCGGGAGUUUUGCCUGUCGGUGGAGAGGGAGAACAGCUUGAGGCAGUCGUCGAGGGGGAAAAGCUUGGAUGACGGCGACGAGGACGGGUCGACGGCGGGGCCGAGGCACGUGGCGUCCCUGGGAAGGGGUCCUCGGUCAGAGGAGGUGACGGAGUUGGUGACGAGCGACUCGAGGAGCUACAGCUCGGACGUGUUCAACUCGCCGGAGGAGAGCGAGGCCAAGCCGGAGGCGCAGUCGAAGAAGGCAGGGGGGAGGAGGGGCGAGCUGAAGCCGGGGGGAAAGGGGCCGAGGGAGCGGAGCAAGAGCCCGAGGUCGGCCGAGGAGGAGGUCGGGCCGAGGAGGAGGACCGAGGCUUCGGAGGCGCCCAAGGUGGCAACGCCGUUUCGGAUGAAGAAGCGGCUCGGGAGGAUCUCGGUGGAGGAGACGGUCAAGCAGGAGAGCUUCGCUGCCGGUAAGGUUGAGUGCAAGGAGCUCGCCGUGCAGAAGAAGGCCAAGUGCCUGCCGCUGUAGUGGUCGGGCAGAGGGGCUGACGACGCGUGAAGUCUCGAGUUCCCUCUGACUUUUCGGACCACUUUUCUAUCGUUGACGUUGCGUGUACGGGGGUUGAUAUUUUUUUUUUUUUUUUCCUUUCCAUUCUCGCUGUUGUUCAUUUGUAGACCGUAGUAGACCGUCGCUAGCUGUGAGAGACCAACGCGUUGUUUUUUCUGUUUGUGGGAAAUUAUUUGUUUAUUCGUGUGUUUUCUCACUAUUGGCGAAAAGUUUUUUUUUCUUUUAUUGUAAGCUGAUCAAACGUAAAAGAUAUGAAUUUGCAACGAAAUGGUUCAAAGUUGAUCAGCAGAAAAACUCGAUCAAGUUUUUUUUUUAAUGCAAAAGUAACGAUAAUUUGAAUUUCCUCGUAACGAUUUGUUAAAAUCGUUUUUGGUACUUUUUAUAUGUAUAUAUGUCAAAUCCUACUCUGUCUCUCGUAGGCUUGGAACUUUAUUAAAAAUUUCUAUCUGACGUUACAUAGAGGAAACAUUUUCCGUUGCAAACAAGAGAGUCUUUACUUACCGAAUGGGGUGACUUGAAAUAUAAACAAAAAACCAAACAAAAAAAUCACUUUAUUGCGCAGUGCCUUGUCCGUGUAGAAAAAUAAUAGCAUUGAUGUCAAGUCGGGCAUGUCGAUGAUUUUCCAUCCGGAGUGUGAACAAAAAUCGUCCUUAGAACAAAGCAUGAUCAAAGAAAAAUAUAGAAAAGAGAGCCAGUGUCGCCGACCGAAUAUCGUUUAAAAAUACUAAUCGGCACUUUCUUCAUGUGCUCAACUACAACGACACUUGUGUCGCGCGAUACUAAAUGCACAAAAUAGCAAAAAAUUAAAAAAAUAAUAAUAAUAAAAAUGGUCGUUAUACGUUCCUCUUGUGAUUUUUCUAGCAGCAUAGACAUAUAUAUAUAUACACACACAUGGUGAGAAAAGCUCUGAUUGUAAGGAAAGUAUAAACUAUAUAAAU